AUGGCUUCAUCGACCAAAGCGGCCCGCAUGGGCGAGGAGACACGAGUAGACAAGGUCAGCGCCGAGCUCGUCACCCUCACAUACGGCACCAUUGUCGCCCAACUAUGCAAGGACUACGAAUACAACUACCCCGACGUCAACAAGCAACUCGAGCGCAUGGGCUACAACAUCGGCAUACGGCUGAUUGAAGACUUCCUGGCCAAGUCAAGCGCACCUGCCUGCACCAACUUCAGAGAGGUCUCUGAGAUGAUCUCAAAGGUUGGCUUCAAGAUCUUCCUCAACAUUACACCGACAAUCACCAAUUGGUCGAGCGACAACAAGCAGUUCUCCCUCAUCUUUGAAGAGAACCCACUUGCCGACUUUGUGGAACUGCCCGACGAUGGCCGCGCGCAAGAUGAGCUCUGGUUCUCCAACAUCCUGGUCGGCGUACUGCGGGGUGCACUAGAGAUGGUACACAUGCAGGUCGAGGCGCACUUUGUCAGUGACGUUCUCCGAGGCAAUGACACAACUGAGAUGCGGAUAACGUUGAUCCGCUUUAUUGACGACGAGAUGCCACCGGACGAUGAGUAGAACAAGGUUGCGCAACGAGAAUGCAAAUCCGUUGUUUCGUGCUGAACAUGUAGGGGUGCGCGGAAUGCAUCAUCUGCCUGGAAUUGCACUCUGUGAUUGUGUUGGUAGAAUCGGGACAGACGCCCGGCGAACUCACUGCACAAGAC